GGUGAGCUUGUGUCAGUCAAGGGCAGUGUCGCAUCUGGCAAGACAUCCCUGCUGCAUGCGAUGUGCGGAGAAGUGAGGAUGCGAUCCGGAACUGGAUCGGCUUAUGGCAGGAUUGGGUAUCUGGAGCAGUCACCGUACAUCAUGAACAGCACGCUGCGUGACAACGUCCUGUUUGGCCAUGACUUUGACGAAGCGUUUUACUGGCGUGUCAUGAAGGCCUGCGCGUUAAUGGAGGACAUCGAGCAGUGGCCGGAUCGCGACAUGACGCUAAUUGGCGAGCGCGGCAUCAAUAUUUCAGGUGGACAGAAGGCUCGGCUGGCGCUUGCUCGUGCAGUGUAUACUCGGGCUGAUAUAUACAUCCUGGACGAUCCGCUCUCUGCUGUUGAUGCACAAGUCAAGCGCCAUCUGCUGGACCAUGUCCUG